UGACAAGAUUAAGGCAGCGAAGAUGAGAAAGAUGGCACAGAAGGAAUCGGAGAUUGAUGCUAUGACUAAUGAUCAAAUUAAAUAAUGAGCUGAAGGACAGGAAGCUGCAGGUGUUUGGGACGAAUCAUGAAAGAAAAGAGAGACUUAAGAAAUUUCAUGGUGUGAGAAGCAAUGGAAGUAAUCAACCAGAAAUCAAGAAGAAGGUGACAGGAUCCAAAUCCAACGUUGUUGAUAAAAUCAAAGCAAUGGAAGAGAAGAGAACAGAAAGGAGAAGGAAGAUGGAAGAGGAGAAAGUUGCUAAAAGAGAAAAGGCAGCUAUAAACCAAGCAAGAGGAGAAGGUAUGAUAGAUAUUGACUUCCAAAAUCUUAUGGAAACAUCCAUGAUUUCUUCAGCUAAAGCUUAUCCUCAUGUUCCUUUGAACUAUGCUAAGAUCUUUGUAUGCGUGAGAAAGAGACCUCUAUUUAAAAAAGAAAAAGAGUCUGGACAAAUCGAUUGCGUUAGCGUUGCAAAUCCUGUUAUUAGAGUUGGAGAGCCCAAGUACAAAGUUGAUGGAAUUACUAAAUUUAUUGAGAAGCAUGACCACCGGUUUGAUAAUGUUUUUAGUCAUCUUGAAAAUAGCGAAGAUAUGUACAAGUCAUGCAUUAGGCCGAUGUUAGAUAAGUUAUUUAAUGAUGGAGUUGCUACCAUUUUUGCUUAUGGACAAACAGGGUCAGGAAAAACUUUUACAAUGGUUGCUUUACAGGAGCUAGCGAUAACAGAUAUUUUCAGUCUCGCUGAGAACGACUAUGCUAGCCUUGACCCUCAAGUUUCACUAAGCUUCUAUGAGAUUUACAGUGGUAGAAUCCUAGAUCUUUUAAACAAUAAGAAAAGACUGCAAGUCCUUGAAGAUGGAUCCAACAAGAUUCAGGUGAAGGGUCUCCAAGAGAUCUCAGUUGAGAGUGAAGAAGAGCUUAAGGAAGCUAUAAAUUAUGCAAACAGUAUUAGAACCACAAAGGCGACCCAAGCCAAUGAUACUUCUUCAAGAUCGCACGCAAUUAUGUGAAUCAAUAUUAGAGAUGGAGAAGGAAGCAUCAUUGGAAAAUUUCUGAUGGUCGAUUUGGCUGGAUCUGAGAGAGCUCAAGACAUUAGAAGCAAUAACAGAGAAAGAAGAGCAGAAGGAGCCGAGAUUAAUAAAAGUUUGUUAGCACUAAAAGAAUGUAUUAGAGCUUUAGAUAAUGCGAAAGGAAAUAAAGAAGCUCAUGUUCCUUUCAGAGCCUCAAAGCUAACUAUGGUGUUAAGAGACUCCUUUAUGGGCACUAAGAAAAAUAUUUGUAUUGGUAUGCUCGCUUGAGUGUCGCCAGGAUAUUCCCAUGCUGAUCACUCUUUAAACACUAUAAGAUAUGCUGAGAGACUAAAAGAGUUUUUACCUGAGGAGGAAUAUGCCAAGCUUGCAAGUGAGUCAGGAGGUAGCUUACCAAAAGCCCCUGAAAAGAAGAAACCAAAGGCAAAGAAGCCUCCAGUGCCUAAAGAGUCUAAGAAAAAGCCAACAAAAGUGAUAACUAGAGCUAAGUGGGGCAAGAUUGACAGGGUUAAAUAUUCAGAAGGACUAAAGCCUUCUGAAAAUGUGGAUGAUGACGAUGGAGAUGAUGAAAACCAAGAAGAUCUCAUGCGUACGAAAAAGGGAGAGCUAGAAGACUGGAAAUUAUUGAAGCAGACUCUGAGAUCUGGAGGAGAAGAUGACUUUAUUCCAAUGGAUCUUCAAGAGAAAGCUGAUAUGUUACUUGAAAAGAAAGAAGAGCUGAUUAGCAAACAUAUGAAAUAUAUCAGACAAGUAGCUUUAAUGCUUAAACAAGAAGGUGAGCUUAUCACCCAAGUCCAGGGACCUGAAUGAGAUGAAGAAAAUUAUGUUCGCAAUAUGAGAAAGGUUGUGAAACAGAAAUUAAAGAUCUAUCAGGACCUAGACAAAGACUUAGAGGAAGUUGAUCAAUUAAUGAAAGAGGAAGAAGAAGCUUACAAUUUAGCAAACGCUAAGUAA